CAAAAACAAACCAGCCCUCUUUUUAUUGGUUUAUGUUCAAUACCAUCUGAUUCACAAAACGAUUUCCUUCGUAUUGGAUUGAGAUGAGAAUUGUCAAAGAACACAUUUAAAGUGAACACCGGCGCAAUGAUACAGCGAUAAUUACAGAAAUCAGACACGACAAUGUCAACCACACUGUCCACGGGCCUCGGGCACCUGGCCGGAAGUAAGAUAGAGAUCUUGAUCAGUUGUACCAAUUUGGCGGAUCUAGACGAUUUUACUAAAUCAGAUCCCAUGUGCGUUCUGUUUGUGCGACAAUUCGGACAAUGGAAGGAGUAUGAUAGGACUGAAGCGAUCAGAAACACCCUUAAUCCACAGUUCGUCAAAAGUUUUGUAUUGGAGUUUGAGCCUGGACUGACACAACAGAUGAUGUUUUCCGUGUAUGAUAUUGACAGCAGAUCUCAAGACUUGAAGCAUCAUGACUAUGUGGGAUCAGUAGAAGAUUGUCUUCAUAACCUUAUAGAUGAAAAUAGUCAAAUCAAAACAACCAACAAAAACCUGAGAGUUCCUGGUCAUGCCAAAGGUCGAGGGUUAAUCAGUAUUACAACAGAAAUCAUGAGGGAAUCGCGGAAUAAAGUCUCCAUUCAUGCUGGAGGCCAUAAACUGGACAAGAAAGGUGUUCUGUCAUUGAAUAAGCCAGACACCUUCUUCCAGAUCUCUAGAUGUAUCGAUGGCUUAAAGGGCUCUACAUACCACCCUGUGUACAGAACGGAGAUUGUCCUGAAAUCAACCAGACCAAGAUGGCGACCAUUUGAGAUUAACCUUCAACCUUUGUGCAAUGGUGACUGGGACAGAGGAAUCCAGUUUUCUGUCUGGCAUUUCAGUGGCAAUGACUAUCAUAUAGUUGGACGCAAGAAUACAACUCUGCGAGAAAUGAGUACAAUAGAAGGGAAUGGAAGUUUUAUUGAGCUUUACUUAUCGAGUCCUAAAAAAGAAACAAAGAACAAAAAGAACACUCUAUCGGGAUCCUUAAGGCUCUUCCAGUUUAAAGUAGAUAUGCAAUAUUCACUGUUUGAUUUCAUUAGAGGGGGCCUUCUAAUUCAACCUAUAGUUGCAAUAGAUUUCACGGCUUCCAAUGGUGCUAUAGACGAAGAUUUGUCUCUUCACAGUUUAAGCAAUACUCGGGAGAACCAGUAUAUGGAUGCCAUGGACACGCUCGGUGCAAUGAUUUGUCAGUAUAAUAUAGAACAGGAGAUUGCCCUCUACGGGUUUGGUGCUAACUGGAAGAACAAGAAGAACGUGUCGCAUUGCUUUCCUCUAACUAAGGAAGUGUUUGUCAAGGGAAUAAAGAAUGCUAUCAGCCAGUAUGAGGGGGCGCUGCCAUCGCUACAUUUCUCGGGACCAACACAGUUAGCUCCAAUGUUAGAAAAGGCAGCAGCAUUGGCGGAGUCUCAGAACAUGUCACAACAAAAACAGAUCUACACAGUCUUAAUGAUAAUCACAGAUGGUGUCAUUAAUGAUAUCAACAAAACUUUAAGGAAACUGAUUGCCUUCAGUCACCUCCCCUUGUCCGUCAUCUUUAUCGGUGUGGGACCAGCAGAUUUUAGUCUCAUGGAGCAAUUUCACAUCGGUUUAGACUCACCUCUGGAAAACAAGAAAACACGUGAGGUGGCUGUGCGGACAAACACACAUUUUGUUGCUUUUCAUAAAGAAAAUAUCAACACUGGUGGCAACGCAGCUUUGGCCAAAGAGGCAAUGGCGGCUUUGUCUACACAGAUUAUUCAGUAUAUGAAGAAAAACAACCUAAAGCCAAACAAACCCAAAUUGAUACGCAAGGAUAUUAUGGACCCCUUUACAGACGAUCAACCAAACUUAUUACUGAAAUCGAUGUCGAGGACGAGCUUGAUUUCCGUCAAAACGACAGGUCCUUCUUGUCCAACCUGUGGCGCUCAGAUAGAACCCGGAUCGCAAGUCUACAGUGACGUACUCAACACAAGUGUGACAUGAAAUGUGUAGUGCUUGAAAUCGAAUACAAACUGUGAUGUUUUCCUUUGAAAGAAAAUGGCUCAAAUUAUAAGUGCAAUAAAGAUAAUUGGGAACGUGGAA